AGACCACGUACGGGAAACAGAAUUGAAAUGGGGGGAAAAUUAUUCAAGCGAGCGAAGGAAGAGUGGAAUGAAGUUGGACUGGUGGGGAGGAGAACGUCUCAAGGGUGGAAGGAGUGUGAUGGGUGUGUUUGAAGGGAAGGGAAGAAGAAGGGAGAAUAAGAGCGAAGGAAGGUGAUCUGGAAGAGAGAGAGAGAGAGAGAGAGAGAGAGAGAGAGAGAGAGAGAGAGAAGGGAGGAAAUGUUUCAGGCUUUGGAAGGGAAAGAUAGAGUUUUAAUAAUUGAUUGGAAUGGCAAGAGAAGAAAGACUGGGAGAGAAAUGAUUUGGGAUGUGUAAGAAAAGGUGAAGAAAGGGAAAGUGUUUCAAGAUUAUCAAGAGAAAGAAGGGAAAUGUUGUAAGAGAGAAAUGUUCAAGGUUUGAGUGGAAAAGCCGAGAAAUGUUCAAGGUUUGAGUGGAAAAGCCGAGAAAUGUUCAAGGUUUGAGUGGGAAAGUCGAGAAAUGUUCAAGGUUUGAGUGGAAAAGCCGUGAAAUGUCCAAGGUUUGAGUGGGAAAGCCGAGAAAUGUCCAAGGUUUGAGUGGGAAAGCCGAGAAAUGUCCAAGGUUUGAGUGGGAAAGUCGAGAAAUGUUCAAGGUUAGAAAGGGAAGGGAGGAAAGAGGGAAGUGGGGCGUUUCAAGGUUAAGAAAGGGAAAGAAGAAAAGGGAGGACGUUAAUUUCAAGGUGUAGAAAGGAAUGGAAAAGAAAGCUAAAAAUGUGUGAAAAUUACUUCAGAUAAAUUUUUAUUUUCCACCGGUUUAUGGUGAACAGACUGACAGACAGACAGAAGACGUAGGCACAGACAAAAGGGAAAUGGGAAGGUAGACAGACAGAUGAACGAACGACCGAGCAAAUAGACAAACAGAUUGCAACGGACGGACGGACACACACACACACACACACACACACACACACACACACACACACACACACACACACACACAGAAAGACAGAAAGAGAGAGAGAGAGAGAGAGAGAGAGAGAGAGAGAGAGAGAGAGAGAGAGAGAGAGAGAAUUAUGAAACAUACCUACCUCAGUGGAAAGGAAACGCACCGCCUUGCUGGACUGCUGGUGACGGCCAGGAGAAUUAUGACAUGCCAGCUCCACACACACACACACACACACACACACACACACACACACACACACACACACACACACACGGACAAGAGAUACAGACACAUACACGGAUACAUAAAGUACUAUACACAUUUACACACGUACAUGGAGACACACAGACAUACAGACAUACAGACACACACAGCCAGGCACCACCACUGUCACCCUUCUCGCUCAGGAUUUGGUGGAGAUUAUCGAGUGUUGUCAUUGUCGUUGUUGGUGGUGGUGGUGGUGUUGUUGUCGCUGUUGUUGUUGUUGUUAUUGUUGUUGUUGACGUUGUUGUUUUUAUUGUUGUUGAUCCGGGUCUGUGUGUAGAAAUUUUUAUAUUGUCAAGGGUUUUUCUAUAUUUUUUCUAUUUAUACUUCCCUGUGGCUUUCUUUUUUUAUUAUUAUUAUUUUACUGUUUAACUCUCUCUCUCUCUCUCUCUCUCUCUCUCUCUCUCUCUCUCUCUCUCUCUCUCUCUCUCUCUCUCUCUCACGUAUUUGUUUUGUUAUUUAUCGUUGACUUUUGUGGCGGCGAGUACGAACAGAAAUUCAUGUUCAGAUUAAAGCAUUCAAUCAUUUCACCAGCGUGUUAAUUAAUUGCUUCCCUUUUUUCAUAUCUCUUUUUUUUCCGCUCUCGUUUUGAUAAAUUGUUACAGUCUCUCUCUCUCUCUCUCUCUCUCUCUCUCUCUCUCUCUCUCUCUCUCUCUCUCUCAACAUAUGUCACAUUCCUCCUCUCUCUCCACCUUCCUCCCCCGCAUCUCCACACCCUCCCUGCGUCUAUCACCUCGGCUCAUGAAGCUAUUUAUUAUUCUCAUCGUAACAUGCCUGUCAUAUUUUUUUCCUAUAACAUCCCACUUAUCCCUUUUUUUCCAACGAUUUUGUGUGAAACUGCCGCUUUAUGGAGGAGUUAGUAGCCCCAUGAGCCGACCGCGUGCUGAAAUACAUGAGGUCAUUUCAUUUUUAUCCCUUGCAUUAUUUUGACACGUGUUUUCUUCAUUGUUAACGACUCUGAAACAUUUCUUCUUGUUCGACAGCCAUCUCUGAAGACUAUAAUGGGUAGAAAUUGUAUAGGGUAUUUUUUUUUUCUAAGUAUUUUUCUCUUUUGUAGAUGCUUUUAAAGAUUUCACACGUUUUUUUUAGUAUCGAGAGUCCUUGAACGUCACUGGGAGAGGGUUGAGAAUAGAUGCUUUGUACCUCGUUUCCUACAAGAGUUAAAGGGAGAGUGUUCAUGGGUAGAUUUUUCCCAGUUCGUUUCGUAAAUUUCUAGAGAUAAAAAAUUGAGGUAUUGGCAAAUUACAGGGAAAUUAACACAUAUUUCUUAUCGACUUGCAAAACGAUGCCAACUUAGCCUAUCCUAACUUUCCUACUCUUCUCCUCACACAUUACAGAGAACUGUUGUAACUUCACGUAAUGCAUAGUUUCGUUUUUCUUCCUCUGAUACAGGUCAUGGUUUAGGCGAAUUAGUGAAAUACAAACGUUCAAUUUUUCACUUGCAAAUCAAUACUCUUAGCCGCCUCUUCUACGUGAGUGAAGAAGGAAGAAGAGAGUGGUUAGGCUUACGCAAUUCAAUAUUUCUGGGGAUACAAAUCGAGGUUUAAGUACACGUUAUAUACACGCGUUCAGCUUUGGCUUGCGAUAAGAUGCUAUUCACUGGAGUAUCUUCCCAUUUACAAGUUAGUGAGAGCGGUUCAAAGUUUACGUAAUCCAGGGUUUCGUUUCCUUCAGUUGAUGCGAGUCGUGAACGAGGCGAACUUCUCAAAUACAGGGAGUCCUUUUUUCAGUUCCAAAUUACUACUCUGAGGCUCGCCUUCUGUGGAAGUUAAGGAGACUGCUUAAGUUAAGAUUACGGGACUCAUUGUUUUGUUCCCAGCGAUAUUCGUAUUACAAGCAGUGGUGUAUCUGUUUAUCUCAAAGAGGAAUGUGCUAAAAAACAUAAUCAGCAACAGAUCUGUAGGUUCAUACGAGGCUCAAAAAGUUUCGCAGUCUUAUCUGGAAUGCAUUGAACACAUUCUAUUUUAUGUUAUUGGGAUUUUCAGGAAAGAGAGAGAGAGACCACGAAAUAUUUCAAAAGAUUGGACCCACGUCUUCGCGUAAUUAGGCUUUAUUCAUGAUAAAAACACAUAAAAACAUCAAUAUCAUCAAUGUCCAUUUCUGUAUCCUUUGAAACUCAUCCUGAAGAGAGAGAGAGAGAGAGAGAGAGAGAGAGAGAGAGAGAGAGUGGGGAAGGAAAGGUAGCAUGAUGUAACGUCUCUGCCCGCUGGUAAUGCCGUUCCUGCGUCAGUGUAACAGGUGGAACUAGACAUGAAGUGCCUGCCUUGAGGCGGGAGCUGUAGUGCCCAACAGAGUUUCGCGCCGCGGCAACGUGGUUCGCGUGCUCCAAAUUAGUGCACUCCAUCCCAGGCUGGUGAGUGCGGCGCUUGGCUGGCCGCGCCACGCAUGAACCCCUGGUGUUCAGCGGCCGGGCUGUCCGGUGCUCCAUGGUUGUCUAUCCGUGAAGGGGCUACAAGACUUGCUAUCCUCCUCUGACCUCACUGUCCAGCAUCACCGCCACCAUGAAGCUUCGGUACGACUUUGAUUCAUCACAGAAGACAUACCGGACGUUCCCUCAGCGGAUGGUGCAGUCCACAGGUCUGGCGGACCGGUGGAGCUUCCUCAAAUGGUGUUGCCCAUUCUGCCUGGACAAGCCGAAAGCCAGAUCUCGCACGUCCAGUGGCGUCCCUGUGAUUCGUAUUACGAGACCUCGAAGUCCAGAUUCAGAUAUAGAGAGCGAUGAGGAGCUGGAGUGGCAGCGAAACAGCGGCCGAAACACUGACUCUACAGUCCAGUCCCCGCGCGAUAAUGGAUGGAAUGAGCCUGGCGGGGACGCUGGCAGUGUGACCAGCAGCAUCGGUUCUGGCGAACUGGAAAACAUCGAUGAAGAGCACAAAUACUAUCGAGAGGACGACAAUGACAGGGACUCUGUGUGGAGCAAGAGCUCCAUUAGAAGCAAAGAUUCCAUUAAAAGCAAAGCCUCCGUCACGGACUCCUUGAAAAGCAAAAGCUCUCAAAAAAACAAACGGAACAAGGAUUCCAAGAAAAAUAGUAAAGGAAGCCGAGACUCCAUCGUGGAUAAAGACUCAAACAAGACUCGCUCGCCAAUGAAAAAGAUUUUUAAACAAUUGAAGCGCACCACAUCCUCGGGAUCCACGUCAUCUGCCGACAGCCGCGGUGACGAUCACACACCACUGAAGUCUGUAUCGCGGCGUGACGACGGCAGGAAGGGCGGGGCCAAGCGACCUGUCUCUGCCUUUGACGGCAAGUGGAGGUCCAUGACAAUGAGCAAUUCACGAACCCAAGAUAAAGAGAUACAGCGAUCAUCCUUCUCCGAAUACAGAAGCCAGACCAUGAAGACCAGUGCCCGAGGCGCUCAUGAUGCCCAAGAGCGUGACGACGAGGUGUUUUUCUCUGACAGUCGCGGUCACCACACCUCGAGUGGAGGGCGGGAGCCAAAAGAAGCCCCAGGAAGUCCUAACUCCCGGCCCCGGAAAUACCACGCCCAUGAAGGCAAUAAAGCAGAGGUAAGAGAUGGGAAGAUAAAUUCUGGAUCAAAGAACUCUGAGAAAAAUGUGGACAGAAACUCAAUAUCCUCUGCCACCCCAGCGGAGUCCACGGAAAAGGAGUCGCUCAGAGCAUUGGCCAAGUGCGAGCCUCCGGAGAACGGAGAUCGAGAAAUGGAACACAAUCCUUGGCCAGGUUCGCAUGAGAUACAACUGAGUUCAGCCAAGAUUGUGCUGCCCAAGAAGCAACACCAACACCAUCAGCAGCAGCAGGAUCCAAAAGAACAACAACGACAACAACAACAGCAUCUGCAACAACAGCAGGAGCAGCAUCAACAGCAUCAGCAAAAGCAGAAGCAGCAGGCUUACCAAGAACACCCAACGCCGUCGACCACACCCUCGCCCCAGCACUCGUCGCCCUCGCCGCUGGAAGCCUGCCCUCCUCGCCCGCCUGCUCUGCCCGCUCGACCCCCACCGCCACACGCCGCCGCCUGCCGAGCCUGCCCAGCCCUUCCAGCCCUCACGAGUUCUGGUCUGAGGCAUCCCCGCCGCCGCCACGCACCGAGCAGCACCGAGAGGAUACGCCCGUAGACAGUUACUCGCACAAAGUCGUCCGCCCACAACCUGAUUACACCGACAAGCUCCUCACCUCAGCCACCGCCACUACUGCCACUCCAGCAGCCAUAUCCAAAACACUCACGCCCGUUGCCUC